UUUUUUUCUUGCAACAAAUCUGUCUGACUGCCACCAGGACAUAGGAAGCGUGUGCCUGUCAAAGAAAUCAAGUUUACUUUUUCUGACUUGUUAACAGAGGCAGGGUAUAAAUAGAGCUAACUCUGCUCAGACUAUCAGCGUUUCUCUUAAAAUAAGGGGGUAACUUCCUAGGACUUUUAAUCCAAUGAGGUCCAGACCAGACUGCACCGUCAAGCGAGGCAGCGAAGGAGCUUGCUGAAGUCUUUUUCUGCAGCAGUCAGGUGCACUGGGGUUCCUCGAAAAGUUAAGCCUUACCAAACAAAAAGCAACCCCAAGCUAACAAGAACUGACUCCAGCUCGGUCACUGCCAUUGCCCUGGAGAAGUUCUGAGAUGUUGUUGGUGCUGUUCACUCGGUGGAUGUGGAUCUUGCUGGGGAAGAGCAGUGUCCUCUUGCUUCUGGAGGUCUCUCUGAAAGGGAGAGCUCUGCCUCCCAUCCGCUACUCCCACGCUGGGAUAUGCCCCAAUGACAUGAACCCCAACCUGUGGGUAGACGCGCAGAGCACUUGCAAGAGGGAGUGCGAAGCUGAUGUGGAGUGUGAGACCUUUGAGAAGUGCUGCCCCAAUGUCUGUGGAACAAAGAGUUGCGUGGCAGCUCGGUACAUGGAUGUCAAGGGGAAAAAAGGGCCGGUGGGAAUGCCCAAAGAGGCAACCUGUGACCGGUUCAUGUGCAUCCAGCAAGGGUCCGAGUGUGACAUCUGGGAUGGGCAACCCGUCUGCAAGUGCAAGGACAGGUGUGAGAAGGAGCCGAGCUUCACCUGCGCCUCUGAUGGGCUCACCUACUACAACAAGUGCUACAUGGAUGCAGAAGCUUGCAUCAAAGGCAUUACACUGAAUGUAGUCACCUGUAGGUAUCACCUUACCUGGCCAAACACCAGCCCUAUCCCACCAGAAACAACAGCUCGCCCUACUACUGCCUAUUCUGAGACAACAGUCAUUGAUAUCUUGCCGCCUGUGCUGGUGAACAACCCCGUCCAUCAGUCUGUCUACGUGGGAGAGACUGUCAGCUUCCUCUGUGAUGUAACGGGGAGACCCAAGCCAGAAAUCACGUGGGAGAAGCAGGUCGAUGGGAAAGAUAAAGUCAUUAUGAAGCCAAAUCACGUCAGAGGGAACGUUGUGGUCACCAACAUCGCCCAACUCGUCAUCUACAACACCCAGCUGCAGGACGCGGGCAUCUACACCUGCACCGCCAGGAACAGCGGCGGCCUUCUCCAGGCCGACUUCCCUCUGUCCGUCGUCAAAGGAGAACCCACAUCCAAAGAAGCUUCCCAAAACAAGACACAUUUUCCCACCGACGAGUGCCUGAAGCAACCAGACAGUGAAGACUGUGGGGAAGAGCAGACGAGGUGGUACUAUGAUGCAAAGAAAAACAACUGCUUUACUUUCAUCUACGGGAACUGUAACAGCAACUUCAACCACUUCGAGACCUACGAGAACUGUAUGUUAACGUGCAUGAACGGCCCAAUCAACAUCUGCAACCUGCCAGCCCUCCAAGGGCACUGCAAGGCCUACGAGCCACGGUGGGCCUACAACAGCUUGAUGAAGCAGUGCCAGUCCUUCAUUUAUGGUGGGUGUGGAGGCAACGAGAACAACUUUGAGAGCCGGGAGGCCUGUGAAGAGAUGUGCCCCUUCCCGAAGAACACGCACUGCAAAGCUUGCAAACCGCGCCAGAAGCUGGUGACCAGCUUCUGCAAAAGCGACUUUGUCAUCCUGGGCCGUAUCACAGAGCUGACCGAAGACCAGGACUCGGGCCAUGCCCUGGUGACAGUGGAGGAGAUUCUCAAGGAUGAAAAAAUGGGAUUAAAAUUCCUGGGCAAGGAACCGUUAGAAAUCACCCUUUUGAACAUGGACUGGAGCUGCCCAUGCCCCAACAUGACCACGGUGGAUGGCCAGCUCAUCAUCAUGGGAGACGUCCACAACGGCAUGGCUGUCCUACAGCCAGACAGCUUUGUGGGCACCUCCAGCAUCCGGCGCGUGCGGAAGCUGCGUGAAGUCAUCCACAAGAAAACCUGUGAGCUUUUGAAAGAGUUCCUGGGAUUGCAUUAACCUCCUCCCCACGCGGCAGCCUCCCGGGCACGUGUGUCUUACGUAGGGCUAACGAGCGCUAGGCUAGUGCCCAAACUAAACUUAAAGCUGUUUGAAGACGCACCGUAGGAAUUAUGCAGAACCCUUAUUUUAAUCCAUUAAUGAUGCUUAGCAACACUGUAGUGUCUGUAACACUGUAGUAUGGUCUCUGGCAGGCACGAUCCCGCGCUGCGGUCGCUCCGUCCGUAUAGGAGCUGCCAUUUAACUAGCUGACUCACGGCAGUAAUUAGACAGUUUGUACGUAGCUUCCAUCAUGAAUGACGGAAUUCGUAGCAUUUGUUUGGCUAAUUGGUACACAGCUAAGUAAUACACAGUGUCAACUUGAUCUGUCUCAUUUACAGUAUGGAAAUGUUAUGGUAAGUCAUUCUAAGUAAGUCACACUCUUGCCUCCUCAUAGCAGCACUAAUACUUCAAGAGAAAAGCCUGUAAAUUAUUGCCUAUAUUUACAGCUGUUCACAUUUAACCAAUCUGUGCGUUAUGAAUUCCUUUCUCUUAAUUGAAUUCUUCCUAGCAGUUUUCUUUGGAUUGUACCUCGUGUAUUUUUUUGUCUUUGGACUGUACCUCGUAAGCAAUCCUUGCUGGAGAAAAAGCUCCCUUGAUCCCAUGCCCAGGACAACAGGUCCCAGUAGAAGCUCAAGGCACAGUCUCACCCCAAAAUGACUUCCCUGUCAUCAGAACAAGGUCAGCAAACACCCUCACGCCAUUGCACUUCCCUCUUUUUUUUGCUUUAAUCAUUAUAUUGUCUAUCACAAGUGUGAGGCAGAAGGGCAGCAACCUGCUGACAGCUGUCAGGCUUUUAAAAAUCCUUUACAACCGAGACAACGCAGCAAUUUAUUGCUUAUUUGCAUCACAAAGCCUGGUUUUGUAGGUGAGAGAGUAAAUAAGAAAGAGGAGCCAGAGCAAAACUCAAAAUAGCAAAGUGCAAUACACAGCCUGCAGCCUCUGCCACACAGACACCAAGCUGCUGAAGCCAAAGGGACACACAGAGUGGACACCUUGUGAGGGCACUUCCCAAAGUCACCCUUUCAGGGUUGCUGUUGCUUCUUUCAAACCACAGAGCAGCAUCUUCUGCCAGGCCGCUGUGGAUAUGGGAGUGAAUCCCCCUGACAGGCAGCACAGGCUGGGUGUGAGUGUGUGUGUGUGACAACACCUGGAUUGAUCAGUUUAACAUUGGUGUCCAAAGAAAAUGUAACAUUUGCCUAUACAAAAAUCCUUCAAUAAAGAAAAGGCUGAUCCUGGAAAAACAAAUAAACCAAACCCAAACCCCA